AUGAAAUUAAUUAAAUUUUUAACAUUAUUGACAUCAUUAAGCUUAACAUUUUGUUCAGAUCACGCCACAAACAUUGACUUGAUAGCAAUUACAGUCACGUCACUUGUUGAAAAAUUCUUCAUCGAACAAUCGAUUUAUUUUGAAAUUCUUAUUUAUGGAAAAAGAUCAGAUCACCUCAGUGACGUCAUUUAUCAGUUUUUAUACAGAAUGAAUUUGAGAAGUAUUGGAGUGUAUCUUAGGAAUAUCCAGGAAAUCUUUAUUAAUCUACCGAUUUCUGUUCGACAUCCAUUAGUUGUCUUCAUGCUGGAUUUCGAUACUUUAGAAUCAUUCAGAGAUGCAGCACGUUAUCAUCAUGAUGAGCUGAAAGUAGACAUGAAAAUUCUGAUUUAUGUUGACGAAGACAUCCAAUUGAUUCCAACACAUCGAAAGUUUAAAUUUGACACCGUGGAUCUUGUGGCUUACUUUUACUACAUACGGAAUGAAAAAUAUCACAUAACAUUUUUUACUCAAGAAUAUUUCAAUGAGAAUCGUUGCAAUGAGCCUUAUCCAGUGACUAUAAACAGUAUGAAUAAGCAGACAAUGCGAUGGAAGACACCGUUGAGGAAUUACUACAAAUUUCAUAACUUUCAUGGCUGCGAACUAGUUUUGGUUGAAAAAUUUGGAACAUUUUUUAACUUUGUCAACAGAAAUCAGAAAAUUAUUGACUGCAUCCUUAAAAAUCGGUCAUAUUGUAAGCAUGUCAUGUCCUUAAUAUCUCAAGAAGAGCAGCCACAAGGUCUUUUUGUUGAUUUCUUCAAAAUGACAUCGAAAAUUGCAAAUUUUACACCGAAAUUCAAACUUGAAGUCAGUGAAGACAUGACAAAGCCAUACAUCGAAAAUGAAAAGAAUCCAAUCGUUGAAUUGCUAGUUGGACCAUUUAACAAGUCUUUUGGCUUUCAAACCUCAUUGUUAUUUAAAUCAAGUUUCGUAAUAGCUGCAACGCCGAGUGAUUUUUACACGAAUUAUGAGAAGCUUUGGCUUCCUUUUGAUGACGUCACAUGGGUGCUCUUGCUAAUUACUUUUCUGUCUGCUUUCUUGGUGAUUUUUUUGGCAAAAUUCUUGACCAACUCAAUAAAAAGCUUAAUCAUUGGGCGAGAAGUAAUGACCCCAGGUCUCAAUGUUCUUCAAGUUUUCUUCGGAAUUUCACAAAUGAAGCUGCCAGACUCGUCAGUUCCUCGUUUCAUUCUUAUGCUUUUUAUUGGAUUUUGUCUGAUUUUCCGAACUUGCUAUCAAAGCGAAUUGUUUGAGUUUAUGACGUCGGAUAUGAGGAAGCCACCGCCAAGUACAAUUGAGGAUCUGGUUGAAAGAAACUACAAGAUUUUGACAUGCGAUCAGGGUCAUUUACUUGAGCUGAUGCAGAUUAUUCAUGGAGACGAGGCUUGUUCCUACGACAACUCAAGUGCAAAGCUUGCAUUUUUUAUUGAGGAUAUGCAGUAUGUGACGUAUAAUUCUCUGUGUAAAGGAGCUGCUGUAAGGCUUAGAAAUUUUAAAGAAAGUGCAUCAUCAGCAGCUUUAUAUACAAAACAUAAUAGCUUUAUGUACAGACAUCUUAAUAUAAUUUUAGAGAAAAUAGUACCAACAGGAAUUCCUGAAUAUUUAAAUGAUUAUUAUACCAUGAUGCUGUUCAAGAAAUACGAGCCAAUUGAGGACAAAAAUCCAAAAUUUUUGACAAUCGAUGAUUUAAGUUUUGGAUUUGUUUUGUGGCUGUGUGCGUGUGGAAUUUCAAUUAUUGGAUUUCUGUUGGAAUUGCUGACUAUUAAAUUGAUGAGAUUUGUACAGACAUUUUUUGGAUUGUGGGGAUUAUUGAAAAUAUUCUUUAAUUUUCAUUAUUAA